ACGUCGACGACAGUGCCAGUGCUUCUGCUUCAGCGCAACGUGUUCAACGACGCGUCCGUCCGGCAAACAGUUGUUGGUCCGUCGCGCGUGUGCGUCCGUCCCUAUCCGGUUUCGGCGUUUGGAUCGCGACGUCGUGCCCAAAACGAAAACACGCGAUUUUUGGUUUGAAUAUCGUUCGGAUCCACCGAUAAAAACAUUAUACCGUGCGAGUGAAAUCGAAAACCGCGCCGCUUGUGACCGUCAAAGAACUGCCUACGAUGGGCCGUGACACCGUCGACACGUCAUGACCGGGGGACACGACGAUURAUGCCAUCGAGCUAUAAUACACCAGAGGAAUAAUGAUCCUCGUUCACGUGAGCUGCAAAAACAGGAUCUACGUUUGAUUUAAGAAGUCCGACGCGAUGAUCACAGAAAUGACGACCAGCUCCGUACUGCCUACUGGGGGCGGCAAGAUAAAACGUUCGAGUUUCAAGUCACGCUGCGGUGCCGGGACGCACGUCAACCGAACAGGGAGUUUCAAGGGCUACCAGACGAUCCGAGUGUCGGUGCCGUCCUCUAUGGUCGCAGAGCUGGCGUCAAAGUUCAACGCGGUGGUGGUGGACGCCAACCAGGGCGACUCGAUGCAGGACAUCAUGAAAAAGGUGAACAAAACGCUAGCCAAAGGCUCUUCGGUCAGGACGACAAAGGUCCGGGAAAAAGGCGUCGUGGUACGGGCCACGGUCGAAAAGUUUGAGUCGACCUCGCAAAAGAAGCGUUGUAUCAACCAGAUGGUCGUAGUGCGGACCAACUCGAACCAGCGGACUGUUUCGGAACGGCCGGCUGUCGUGGAACGCCCUACUGCCAUACAACAGAAGACUGCCAUGGAACAACGGAAAGCAGCUGAUCAUCUGACUGCCGUGGAACAUUCCAUUUCCAUAGAACAGCCGGCUGUCGUAGAACAAAAGAUGGAGGACGCAGAUCGUCUGACUGGCGYGGAACAGCAAAUCACCACGCUACACCACCCCACUGCCACGAACAAUUUCACAUCCGAACAGCGGAAUACUAUCAACCAGUUCACUUCGUCGUCUGUAGUGAAAAAGCUCUUGGUGCAGUUUGAAAAUGGUAAGAAACCGUCGAAACCCAGUGUCCUGGGACCGAAACCAACCGUGGUUACGUCUCGCAGCAUUAGACGCAAUGAACGGAGACCACCUCUUCAAAAGGACACGAUUGGCACGGGGGACAGACAUUUGUUGAACAAGGAUAAACGUUUAUCGAUUGCCAGAGAUCCUGAUGCUCAGUUAGAGAGCGUUUUAAACGUGAUGCCUCCGCUGAAAAACCUGCAGGAGCCAAUGAAAAGGGAGCAAUCGCCUCCACGAGAAGACUCGAAGCAGCAGCAACCAAUUGAAACGGAGCGAUCACCAAUACGAGAAGACUCGAAGCAGCAACAACCAACAGAAACAGCUUCGGUCAGGUCACCGCCGCCGCUACCGCUGAAACCGAACUGUUCCUUUUUGCAUGGUUGGAAACGACCGACCACGUUGACGACAACUACCACCGCUUCCAUUACCCCCAAUACAUCUACUCCCUCUACAACCGCCCCCAUUACAACYACCCUCACUACAAUUAUUCCCGUUACAACAACCUCCACUACAACUACCCUUGCACCAAUCACCCCUCCUUACAGUAAAGGCGAACGACAUACCGUCGGCGAGGUACAAUCGUUGCAGCUACUGUCGUCUCCCAUUGGUUCCGUGAUCACGUCCCUAGCUGAUGCUACCCUCACCGCUACUGGCUUCGGCACGGACACCACUGCUUUCACUGCCGACACUACUACCGAAACCUGUUCACACAACUACAAUUACAUAGUCGGUGACGAAUCCAUCUACGAAGAACUGGGCUACAUACGACUAAYGUCAUCCGACUCUGGUACCCAUACCACAGAAGCGCUGUUGCCAAAAAUUGAGUUGGAGAGCCCAUACAUCGUUUUGGAGAGUCCGUACGAUCACUAUUCAACGAUUGAUGGUGGCGAACAAAACAUAUACGACGUCGUUACGACCGCCACCACUGCCUACGAAGACACCAGCUACGAGACAGUUCAACCCCCGUUGCCUCCAAUUCCGAUUCCGACGAUCGUCCCUGUCGCAGAAGUYGACACGUCACCGCCGCAAAUUCCGGUCGAUAGCGAUGCCGAUGAAAACAGCCGCCAUGAGAAAAAAGAGAUGUUUGAUCAUUCGGUAGAAAUCGACAACAGUAUUUAUGGAAUCAAUCCGCCGUCGGAAUCCACUUCAUCUGGUGUUACAUCUGACAGCGCCAGCGUGGACAGAAACAGUAAAUUUGACGAGGAUGAUGGUUGGGUGGAUGUUCCUUCCUCUGAAGAAAUUAUUUUAAUACCGUAUCCUUCCAAUAGAUUUCGUCAAAAGCCAAAGACAAAGAAACCAAAUUCAAAACCAUUUUCAAAACUAAUUCAAGGGCUUUUGUAUAAAGAUCAAAACAUUGGGAAUGCAGUAAAACAAGAAAUACCGGAGAAUAUCUAUGUGUUCGAUUCAUUUAGCUCAGAUAACUCUUCUGAUGAUGACGGAGAAAAUGUCAAAAGGGUMCCUGAAUAUCCAUGCAAAGAUCGAAUUUUGCCUGCCCCGCCAAGUGGUCAACGAAACUAUGGACUUGGCCCACUGGUUAAUAAAGCCAGGAAACGAUUUAAAAAAGGCUGGUCAUUUGGAUCACUUAAAUCACUUGGUAAAAACCGGAUAGGAAAAUUAAGUCAAGGGAAUUUAACAAGUGAAUUUGACAAUAGAACAUAUGAGAGUACAUCAGAUAAAAGUAUUGACAAAAGUUUCAAUUCAUUGGCGAAUAGUAAUAGCCCGUCUUCGUCGGUUUUCUAUAUUCCUAUGUAUAAACAUAUAAUAGAUAAUGGUACGAUUCGGCCUAUUAAGGUUAGAAACAAACCUCCAUCGUCUAUUGAUUCGAGACGUUUAAGUGUAGCUGUAGCAAGACCUAGUUCACCACCACCUCCUCCACCAGUAAAACGGCAUUCAACUGGUAACACCACUUAUGGUUCAUUGCCUCGUUCAAUUUACAAUUCUAAAGGAAGGCCAGGCAAUUCGUUGGACAAGAGUAGCACUGAAUCAACAUCCGAGAAUGGUUCCAAUCAUGGUUCUGAUUUGUACAUGCGAUUUGCUGAUGAACCAUUGUAUCAGUUUUAUGCAGCUGAUUUAUCCGAAAGGACAAAAAGUGUUUUUGCUGGUGACAUUAUGGAAGACUGUGAUGGUUAUGAAGAAAUUAGUUCAAUUACAAGUAGACCAUCAGCUCUAGAGCUUAUAACACCUUGUACGACUGGUCAUGGGCAACAUAGAUCUUUAUGGUGUGAAGUUCCAGAAGUAAAAAAUAGUGGCAUUAUAGACUCGUUAACACCAAGAGAGCGAAAGUUACAAGAAGCAAAGUUUGAAUUAAUAACUUCUGAAGCAUCUUAUUUUAAGUCUUUAACUAUCCUUGAGAAACAUUUCAUAAAUAGUCAUUCUAUGAAUGAUGAUACAAUAUUAAGCAAAAACGAUCAAAAGAUUCUAUUUGGAAAUGUUAAUCCAGUACGAAAAUGUUCUGAAAAAUUACUCGCAGCAUUAGAAAAAUGUUGGCAGGACAAUAUACUGCUAAGUGGACUAAGUGAAAUUUUGUAUACACAUUCUAAAGAAAACUUUGAUAUUUUUGUAAAAUAUUGCUCAAAUCAAAUUUAUAUAGAUCGUACUUUAAAGUCAUUAAGAGAAAAUCAAAAAUUCAAUGAAGCUUUACAAAGACUGGAAUCAGACCCAAAGUGCCAAUCGCUCUCUCUUCAUUCGUUCCUAAUGUUACCUAUGCAAAGAAUCACUAGAUUACCUCUACUCGUUGAUGCUAUUUUGUCACAAAUGGACUCAAAAGAAAAUUCUUUGGAAUAUCAAAUGUGUGAAUUGACUUUAGCUUCUUUAAAUGCAAUUGUACAAAACUGUAAUGAAAGUACUAGAAAAUUAGAACGUUAUGAAGAAAUGUUGUUACUUAGUCAACAGUUAGAAUUUUCUAGUAAAAAAGAAAUGAAAGCUAUGUCAGUAGCUUCUAGUUCACGUUGGUUAGUUCGAUCUGGUUCUAUGUUGCAUUUGACUGUUCCUGAUGGAAAAUUAACAUUUAGUCGAAAAAUGAUAAGACCAACUAAACUUUACUUCUUCCUAUUCAAUGAUAUGUUUUUCAUAGCUAAACGUAAAAGUGACGGAAACUAUACAGUGGUAGAUUACUGUGCAAGAAACUUUGUAGAAAUGGAACAUACCGCUGAAUCAGUUAUUACCUCAUCCUAUAAGAAUCUUUUAAAACUAACAAUUUUAGAAAAUCAUGAAGCAAAGACUAUUGAAAUGUUAUUAAGUUGUGAUUCUGAAUCUUCAAAAAAACGUUGGAUUGAAGCAAUGUCACCUCCUAUCAGUUCCAAUCCUGAGGAAACAUUAUACAAUGAAUGGGACUGUCCACAAGUGUAUUCAGAACACCCGUAUAUUGCUGUUCAACCCGAUGAACUGUCAUUACAAAGUGGAGACAUCGUAAAAGUGUUGACUAAAAUGAAUGAUGGAUGGUACCAUGGGGAGCGGAUUCGUGAUGGCGAGAAAGGUUGGUUUCCUGGUAAUUACACAUCUGAAAUAGCCUCACAACAUGCUAGAGCAAAAAAUCUUAAACAACGUUACCGUUUGUUAGCCAUGUCUGAAAGUUACCUGCAGUCUCGACAAGAUAAAAUUAAAAAAAAAAAAAUUAGUCAAAUUAUUUAAACAAAAUUAUGGUAUAAAAAAAAAAUUCUACAUUUUAAAAAUCCCAACAAGUAAAGCAAUUAUAAUAAAAUUGAUAUUUAUUGUUAAUAAUCUGUUCUGCUUUUGAUUUAAACUUGUUAUAAUAUACUAUUAAUAUUUAAUAAACAUCGAAAUUCAUUCCAAUAAACUAUUUAUACCUAAGUGCAUUAAAAAUAAAAUAAAAUAGAACAAUU